AGCUUAUGGUUAUGGUUAUAUAGCUAUACAUACUUAGUGCUGUUGUUUCUGGUUUGUUGUAAUUUAACUAGGCCUAAUAUAUAGUGGUUUACAACAUCUUAUUUGCUAUUGGCUAUUGGGAUCGCUUUUGCUUUUUGGUAGUUGGAAAGUGUCAAAUCAUUUCCUUUUUGCCUGGUCUCCACAGUCUUCCCCAAAGACCCCUCACAUCCUGAGCCACAUCCUACCAGUGAGCUUCCCUGGUCAGCCAAUCUGACUCCUAAGCCCUGAGUGCAACCGCUCUGCUUCUCUCAUCUUUGCCACAUUUGACAGAGAAGCCUGAGAGGACGCAAACAACGCUUCAUGGAACAGCCAACUUAGAAUUAUCGUCAAGGACAUUUUCUAUGACAACAAGUGAAUAAUAUCAUCAAAAUACAUACAUAGGGCACAAAGAAGAAUCCUCAGAAACUUAAAAAAGGGGUAGAUUCUAUGAGUAUAAAUACCCAUAGAAUUGGCCAGUAGAUCAUUAGUAGAUCUCUGAACUCUACAUAUUCUUCUUCACAGAGAAAGCACAGUGUUACAAGCUGACAAUGUUUGACAGCAAUGAAACUAUUUGGGACGUCUUCUUCCACUGCUCCGUGGAGCUGGACUACAAGUCCAGGCACAUUGUCCUCUUCUUCGUCUACCUCAUCGCCUUCAUGGUGGGCCUGGCAGCCAACAGCGUGGUGGUGUGGGUCAACUGGCAGAGGCGGCACUCGCGCAGCACCGACGUCUUCUGCACGCUCAACAUCUGCAUCUCGCACCUGAUGGUGAUGACGGUCAUGCCCAUCUUCCUGCUGGAGGUCAUGAUGGAUUACGUGUGGAUGUGGGGCCAGUUCCUCUGCCGCUUCACCACCUUCAUCUAUGAGUUCAACUACUACAGCACCUCCUUCUUCCUGGCGUACAUGUCAGUGGAGCGCUACCUGGCGCUCACCCGAGCCAGCGUUGCCACAGCAACGCCUCCGAGACCCUGGGGCCCGGCAGAGAAGCGGCGUCGGGUGCUCAUCUGCGCCGGGUUCUGGACCUUCGCCUUGCUGCUGACGCCGCUGCUAGUGUCCAACGUCCAGCUGGUAGAGUACCACUCGCCCGGCUGCUACCUCGCGCCGGAGAAGGACUACGUCACCUGGGUGGUGGUCAUCACCAUGACCUCCAUGAUCUUCCAGUUUCUGAUCCCUGGGGCUAUCAUCAUCACCUGCAACUGGCUUACUGUGCAGGCCCUGAAGAAGUCGCCGGAGCUUCAGGCAUCCUACAACGUGGACACAAAGAUGUUUCACUUCUACUCAGCAGCAUUCGUUGUGUGCUGGCUACCAUAUCAUCUCGUCAAUCUUUUAAUAAUGGUGGACGACCUUAACCCACUUAUACUAAACUGUGACACCACAAACGUGGUAUACUUCUCCCUCAACGUGCUGUUUUCCUUCACCCACCUCCACUACAUCGCCAACCCGGUCCUCUACAACUUCCUGAGCCCCAGCUUCCGCAGAAGCCUCCUGAGAGCGGUGGCCCGCUACGUGAGAAAGGAGGCGAUGGCAAUCCCUGUGGAGGACGGUGUAGAGGCCGAAGGAAAAAACAAGCCCAAAAACACUAGCCUGAGAAAGAUGAGCAACGCCAGCACCAGUCAGUCAGACAUAGACUCUUAAAGUUAUAACACAAAUCUAAUGGGAAGAAGGUGAAUAAGCAAGGAGUUGAAAGAAAAUAAAAAUAGUCCUUGAACAAAAAGACAAGUAGGUCUACUAGUAAGAACAUGUAAUGUGGGACUGAGAUAAACUCAAUCUAUUCAGUCUUCAUUAUCCACCAAUUAAAGAUGUUAACAUGUUUCCACGGUUGAAUGCUAUUGUGAUAGCAAUCAGUGUGUCUUCUAUCUGUUACCUGACCUAUUUCAGUGUACUAUUUUGUUAUGGUUGUAAGAUGCUGCGAAAUCAAACAGAUAGGUAACACUACCUUCUGUUUGCUACUAGCUGAAUACACUAUCUUAAUGGUCGGUUAUAAUCUGACCUUUUAUCUGUAAUGAUAUAACUUUAUUUUCACAUUUGUUUGAAAUACAUUGCCCUGUCCUUUUGCCUUUCACUCUAUACAUUAUAUCAAAACAAUUUGGAAAAAUUGUUUUCUUGGACGUCUUUUGGGCCCCCACUGUCGACUUCAAGGCUUGAAGGCGACGGUGGGGGCCCAAAACACCAUUAAGCGUGGACAACGCUGACCUAGUCUUAAUAUAACUUUUCUUCUUUUAAUUUUCUAAUUCUCUCAGUUCCAUGCAGUCUUAAAUGCAAGUGUAAUGUUAUAUAUAAUACCACUUGAGCACUGUAAUAUAUGCAACAAAGUACUCCAACACAUAGCACAUGAAAUCUGAAUGGAAACCAAAUAAGAUAUGUCAUUUAAAAGUCAAGUAGUAGUCCUGCCAUUUAGGACAUGGCCACACAGGCCCUGUUUGGAGUCUUGUGCCCCAACAGAGUGGGAAUGCUUCCAGGAAGUAACUGUUUCCUGCUCUUUAGCUGUGUCAGCUUUAAUAUCCUCACAACUGUGUGACAGUUUGUGAUGAAGUGUGCACUUUCUUUUCUGUUUCUGUUGAAGUUGAUAAAAAAAAAAAUGUGUGUGUGUGCAUGUGCUGUACCUCAUGAGUCACUUUGGAUACAACCAUCUGCCAAAUGAGUAUAACUGUAAAUGUAAUUAAACUCCUUCACUUCUA